AUGACAUCGCGAUCGCUAUCCCGCGGCCGUUACAGGUCCCGCACGCGCUCUCCUACUCCACGCUCUCAGGGUUCCCGAUCCCCCCAGCGCCGCAACCAACACGAUUCGCGUUCACCUGCCCGCUCUCCAUCGCCACAGCGUCGAAACGGCCGCUACAGGAGCCGCAGCAAUAGCCGUAGUCGAAGCCCGAGCCGUAGUCGCAGCCGAGGUCGUGAGCGGAGUGAUCGGGCCAAAAGCGGUUCUCCGCCUACUAGGAGCACAAAGAUUGUUGUGGAGCGAUUAUCUAAGAAUAUCAAUGAGCAGCAUCUCUACGAGAUUUUUGGACAGUUUGGACGCGUCAAAGACCUUGAUCUGCCAAUCAAUAGAACUUUUGGAACCAAUCGUGGAACAGCAUACAUACUUUAUGAUUACGAGGAGGACGCUGAAGCUGCCAUUGCUCAUAUGCAUGAGGCACAGGUAGACGGUUCGGCCAUCAACGUUUCCAUAGUGCUGCCUCGACGCAAGCUUUCUCCUGCUCCUCCAACAGCCCGUCGCGGGGCUAACAUUGAUCCCAGAGUACCUUUCUCAGGAGGACGCGGGGGUCCACCUGGUGCGGGUAUGGGAGGAAAUAAUGGCAUGAGUGGUGGGAGAGGCCGCCGUCGCAUGUCUCCGGGAAGCCGGUACGGUCCUAGGUCGGAUGUAUAUCGCCCAGGAUCCCGUUCACCUUCCAGGUCGUCCGCCGGACCUGCUUCACGCAGUGGGGUCGGCCGGUAUCGCAGUCGCUCCAACAAUUCUUACUCAUCUAGGUCGCGCUCGAGAUCCCCAAGACGGAAGGGGGCUGGCCGACACGAUGACCACGAUACGAGACGUCGCGGUAGCAUCGAUAACCACGGCGACCGAAGUCGAUCCCGCAGCCGGGGACACAAUCCCCGAUAA